UACCCGGUAGAGAAGCGUAGAAGAAGAGGUCACGUGACAAUCUCCACCAGUCAAGCUUCCUGUUUUUAAUUCAGUUAGAAUCUGUUGGUUUUUGCUGUCAGUUCCCAUUAUAAUUAGUUUUUAACGAGUAGGGAGAGGAUCUUAUAUACGUUCCAAUAAAUGCCAGCGGUCCGUGUUGACUAAGGAAGCUCCGACACGCGUGACUAACUACUCCCCGUUAGCUUCAGCCGGUGUGCUUUACGUCGACGCAACCUGACAGCGUUAGGUCGCCAGCAUGCUAGCUAGCACCAUGGCCAGUCCGCUUCCAAUGCACUGCGUCGCCUCUCUGAGGAAAUCCGGAAUCCAUUUAAGAACUGCUGCUCUGGGCCUCGACAAGCGAAACUACAGCAGCAAAAAGGGGCCUUCAACCGAGUAUUUGCACCAAAGUGUCGUACCAUCGAUGCAUUACCAGAAGAGUUUACCCAGACUGCCCAUACCGAAGUUGGCGGAUACUGUCGGCAGGUAUCUAGCUGCGCAGAGGCCUCUGUUGGAUGAGGACCAGUUCAGAACAACAGAGAAAAUUGCACAAGAUUUCCAGAACGGGGUGGGGAAACCGCUGCAUGAGGAACUGGUAGCUCAGGACAAAAACAACAAACACACCAGCUACAUCUCUGGGCCGUGGUUUGACAUGUAUCUAUCUGCACGCGACUCCGUGGUGCUGAACUGUAACCCCUUCAUGUCCUUCAACCCUGACCCUAAGACGGAGUACAAUGACCAGCUUGUGAGGGCGACCAAUGUGGUGUGUUCAGCCGUGCGCUUCAUGAAAACACUGCGAGCCGGGUUGCUUGAGCCGGAGGUUUUCCACCUCAACCCGGCAAAGAGUGACACAGACGGCUUCAAAAGAUUAAUCCGCUGGGUGCCGUCUUCGCUGUCUUGGUAUGGAGCUUACAUGGUGAAUGCUUACCCGCUGGACAUGUCUCAAUACUUUCGCCUCUUCAACUCCACUCGGAUCCCCAAGAAGGGCAGAGAUGAGCUCUUCACCGACGACAAAGCGCGACAUCUCCUAGUUAUGAGGAAGGGCAACAUGUAUGUGUUUGACAUUGUAGACCGGGAUGGGAACUUGGUAAAGCCCGCAGAGAUUCAGUCCCACCUGAAGCACAUCCUGUGCGACCCAACGCCAGCGGCUGCCUUUCCUCUCGGGGUCCUGACCAGUGAGAACAGGGAUGUGUGGGCCGGGCUGAGGGACCAGCUGAUAGCUGCUGGAAACGCAGAGGAUCUGCGGAUCGUUGACAGCGCCCUUUUCUGUCUCAGUCUGGACGAUGAAAGCAUGAGGGACCACAUCCACAUCUCCCACAACAUGCUGCACGGGGACGGCUGCAACCGGUGGUUUGACAAGUCCUUCACAGUCAUUCUGACCAAAGAUGGACAGGCGGCCAUCAAUUUUGAGCACUCGUGGGGCGAUGGCGUCGCUGUACUUCGCUUUCAAAAUGAGAUCUUCAAAGACACCACGGAGCAGCCACUGGUAAACCCGGCUUCCACUGCUGCCGCUGUGGAUUCCGCCUCGGCUGUGCGCAGACUGCAGUUCAACCUGGACAGCGAGCUGGAGAAUGGCAUCAAAAAGGCCAAGGAGAACUUUGACUCGAGCGUAUCGAAACUCACCAUCGAUGCCUUGGAGUUCAAGAAAGGGGGCAAGGCCCAGUUAAAGAAGAGCAAGUUGAGUCCCGAUGCCAUCGCCCAGCUGGCUUUUCAAAUGGGUUUCCUGAGGCAGUACGGACAGACGGUAGCCACGUACGAGUCCUGUAGCACUGCAGCGUUCAGGCAUGGCCGCACGGAGACCAUCCGGCCUGCCACCUCACACACACAACGAUGUGCACAAGCCUUUGUCUCCCAGCCAGGACGACACAGUGUGGAGCAACUACAGGCCAUGCUGAGUGAAUGCUCCAAGUAUCAUGGACAGCUCACCAAAGAAGCAGCCAUGGGACAAGGUUUCGACCGGCACUUGUUCGCCCUGCGAUACCUGGCCAACUCGAAGAGCGAGCCUCUGCACGGCCUGUACACGGACCCGGCUUACGCUGCCAUCAACCACAACAUCCUCUCCACCAGCACCCUCACCAGCCCAGCUGUGAGUCUGGGCGGCUUCGCCCCGGUGGUGCCUGAUGGCUUUGGCGUCGGCUACGGUGUCCAUGACGACUGGAUCGGCUGCAAUGUGUCCAGCUACCCGGCUCGCAACGUCCAUGAGUUUCUGCAGUGUGUCCACAAGUCUUUAGAGGACAUUUUCACUGUCCUAGAGGGAAAGGCACUCGGCUAGGGAUCGGGUGUUUGUCAUUCAAAAUGUUUGAUUAUAUAACCGCAGUGAUCAGUGCACUUCUCUGGGAAAUAAUGCAUUAAUUGAUAUGAAUAUCUAAUACAUCACUAAAUAUACACAUAGAGAAUCGCAGUGCUUGAGUAUGAAUGUAUUAUAAAUUUGAUGGUUGAAGGAGUUUAGAAAUAACUAGAUAUUAAAACCAAGGAUUACAAACUGAAUGGGGGAAUAAAUAGUGUAAGCCAAGGGGUGUAUUGUAUAAUUUCAAGUAAAGCACAUUAAACCUAAAAUACAUAGCACUUAAAGAGAUUAAUCCGUGUGUGCAGUGCGCUGUGUACUUUGGCCCCGUUUGAAUUGUUAGCUGUGUUGUGUAGCAGUGUGACAGGAUACAAGGUUCAGAGUACUGGUAGCAAUAUGUGUGCAGCACGGCGUCACAGAUGUAGAACUUCAGAAUGAAGUCAACUUCUGUGCCUUAACAAAAUGUGAAUUCAACAGAACGUUUGCCUUUUGUCUGCUGGUGGAUGUAUUAGAAUGUAUUUUGAAAAAUAAAAAUCUGAUGGCAUUA